GAAGCUCUUGGCAGGCAGACGGACGGGCGUGAUUGACUCUUCUUGUCGGCACCCUGUAGUUAUGGGUGUCACAGGUUGAUCUGGCAAGUUGUCCAAAGAGAAUGAUCAGUAGAAGUUGAACAGGAGGUUACAUUAAUCGUGGUAAUGCCAGCCUCUCCAACUGAUCAGGAAGUGAACACUUGUACAUGAGAAGAAGCCAGCCUUGGAAUAGAAACGAUAAGAAAAACAAUCUCAAUAUAAAAUGGAAGAAAUCGAAAUAACAAAUGAGGUUGUGUGUUCUAAAAGACUGGUUGAAUCGGAUGUGAAAAAUGAACUUGAAGAAGGGAACGAAGGUACCAACACCCUGUUUGAGCAAGCGGCUAUAUCAGGAACAGACUGUGUUAGCUAUAAAUCUGAAAGACCUACUGAAGGUUUCAAUCUCACCCUAGUGACAGAAGGUGAGAAACCAAAAGUUAAAAAACUAUGUGGAUACCUGUAUAAGCUUGGUAUGAAAGGACCCCGCAAGGCAUGGAAAUACAGAUUCUUCUGCUAUGAUGAAAAAAAGUGCCACUUACACUACUACAGAAUUGCUACAGAUGUUUGCCCACUGGGAAGCAUUGACAUCAGUUUUGCCAUUUUUGACUCAAAAUUGGAAAUGGAAGAGGGCACAUUUGAGAUCAAAACACCAAGUCGAGUCUUUGUCUUGAAGGCCAUAAACAGCCAUACUAUGAUGUAUUGGCUGCAGCAACUGCAGAUAAAACGCUGGGAAUUUUGCAAAGCAGAGACUGGAAUUAAUUUUGGAGUUGUUUUAUCCUCUGAACUGACAGCCAGCAAAGCUGAUCUGCUCAAUCAACGAGAGGAAUGUGACUUUUUGCCCCCUGUAAAAACCCCAACUGAAGUGGUGGGUUCAUUAGUAGCCUCAUUACCUGCUCCUCAAGAGUCAACUGCACUUCAAAACUUCUCCUUAAAGCAUCCUUGGACAGAAAUACAGAAUACAGUGCGUAAUUUAUGUAUUUUGAAGCCUAUGUCAGGAAAUAAUGCCAGUGUUUUCCAUUUUGAAAAGCCAGAACAAGAAACAGAAGAGAAAUCAGCAAAGGAAACUCAUGCAUGGGACAUUGUUAUGAAACCAGUUCCAAAGCUGUCUCCUUCAUUAAACUUUGCAAGGAAAGUCAGAAAGCAAAAUGGUUUUGUGGCUCCUAGCCAUGAAUCAGUCUCUGAAACUGUCCCUUUUGAGAAAAUCAGCAACCCACAGCAACAAAUCCAAGCCCUUACCAGAGAGCUGGAGUCUCAGAAGGAGCUUGUCAAGCUUCUUCACCGGGCUGUUGAGUCUGCACAUCAGGAGAAGAGAGCAUGCAGUGAUUAUUUAAAUGGAGCAGAAGAAAAAGACCGACUGGAGCUUGUAAGACAUAAGGUUAGACAAAUAGAAGAUCUGAGGCAACGUGUGGAAGCACUGGAAAAGGAAAAUAAACACCUGCAGCAGUCUUCCUGCUUAAAAGAUGCCCACAAUGCAGAACUGAAGGAACACAUACAGCUCCUUAUGGAGAAAAAUAAUGCCAAACAAGAAGUUAUAUUAAAACAAACAGAACAGCUUCUCAGCCACAGCGAGGUAGACUUUGGAAAGGGCGGCACAACAGAGAACUUACAUCAGCUGUGGAGGAAGAUUGACAACUUAAUGGAUGAUGUACAAGCCUAUAAAACCCAAAACCAGUUUUUGAACUCUGAAAUCCAUCAAGUGACUGAUCUUUGGAGAAAUGCAGCACAAAAGGAGAAAAUUCUUCUUAUGAAGUGCUCUUAUCUGGAAGCUCGAAACUGUCAAAUAGAAAGCAAAUAUUUAAUUGUCCUAAGAAACUUGCAAGAAUUGCUACCUAACCUGAGUACAGAAUACUGUAAAGUAAUUAAAGAAAUGAUAGAGGAUGCCUUACAAUCUGAGCCAACAGGCCAGUCAUCAUGGAACUUUAACUCACUAAGUGAGUAUGAUGACUAUGGUUUUAUGAUUAUUCCUGAAUAUGAAGUUGAACACUUGAAGCUUCUGGCCAAAAUCCAAGCCUUGGAAAUCAGAUCUAACAAGCUAUUGACACAUGUUCUGGUAGACAAGCCUUUAAAAUCGAAAUGGGAUAACAUUGAAGAUUUGGCUCAUUCUAAGGAGCUAAAAAACCUGGUCAGAUGUGGAAUUCCAACAACACAUCGAAAACGUGUAUGGAAAUGGCUCAUAAACAGUCGACUGCGCAUACCAGUCAACCAUUACUCUCAACUUCUCAAAAAGUGUCAAAAAUCUCAACAUCCAGCCACUCAACAGAUUGAACUUGAUAUUCAUCGUACAUUGACCAACAACAAACACUUUAGUUCUCCCAACUCUGAGUUCAUUCAGAAGCUUAGAAAAAUUCUGCUUGCAUUUUCCUGGCACAAUCCCACCAUUGGAUAUUGUCAAGGACUCAACAGGUUGGCUGCUUUGGCACUUUUAGUCUUGGAAGAAGAAGAGAGUGCUUUUCACUGCCUGGUGGAUAUUGUUGACAAUAUAAUGCCAGCAGAUUACUACAGUAACAACUUAACAGGAUCUCAAGUAGAUCAGCAAGUAUUCAAGGACUUCAUGUCAGAAAAACUGCCUCGUUUGACUGCUCACUUUCAGCAAUACAGGAUUGAUCUCUCCUUGAUCACCUUUAACUGGUUCCUGGUUGUAUUUGUUGACAGCUUGGUCAGUGAUAUACUGCUCAGAGUCUGGGAUGCAUUCCUGUAUGAAGGGACAAAGGUUAUUUUUCGCUAUGCCUUGGCAAUCUUUAAAUACAAUGAAGAAGAGAUAUUAAAGUUCACAGAAGAGUCAGACAUCUACCAGUACCUAUCAUUCUUCACAAAGACCAUCUGUGAUAGCAGGAAACUAACGAACAUUGCCUUUAAUGAAAUGAACCCGUUCCCAAUGAAGCUCGUAAGGAAUCGCCGUGCAGGCCACAAAGAAAGAUUGAAAAUUGAAUUGCUUGAACUGGAAAAGAUGAAAGAGGAAUAUACCAAACAAAAAGAGGAGCUUGGCACAACAGAACUUGAUAUGGGAGUCAGUGAAGAUGAAGAAGAAAUGUGAUUAUAUAAAUGAAUCAAUAAACAAUAUGUGCUGCUACCCUCACAAGCUACUUAAGCUCCUAAAAGUUUGACGUUUUAAUUACUCAUGUGGUCACAAAUCAUAAUCUGCACAUAUUUUAGCUGCACUAUCCAUCAAUUAAUGAGUGGUUCAUGCAGUCCAUAGUGACUAUUUAUAGUGGGGUAAAUAAAUCCCUAUGAAAUUCUUUCCUGUGUAUUUGUCAACAUUAUUGGCAGCCAUAUAUAGUAUGCCAAUGAUGUGUUUGAUGUAAAUAUAAUAUGGCUACUGGCACUGUAGAGCAUUUUGGUUCUUGUUGUCCUUCCGGGAAUUUUAUAGACUUCAAGCAUUUUAAUAAUAAAAAUAUAUGUAUGGUUGCACUCUA